AUGGUGUUCGUCAAGUGGAAAUACAACGCGGCCACCACCCUCGCAACCCUCGAGGUGACCCUGACCACCUCGCCGACACUCUCGCUCAGCGACCCUAACGCCACUCUGGACGUGACGCUGACAGCCCGCAUCGCAGAGGCAGCACCGGACCACCAAGGCGAGCCCGUCACCUUCGCCGUCCACCGCUCGGCCUUUGAAGUCUUUGGCGACGAUGAAGGAGGCGUCGACAUGUUUGCCCGCGGCGCAUUCGGCACCAUCUGCGGCGUGGACGGGGAAGGCCAGGCCACCGGCAGGAAGAUAUCUCUGGGCUUCUUCCGCGUCAACGAGAUAAUGAGGAGCGACGCGGCCGACCUGAGGGAGCGCGGGCUCACGUUCCUGACCGUGCCGGGGGACGGGACGGAGGCGCGCGCCACGCACCGUCUCGGAUGGGAGCGCAUCUUCCGGCACGAGGAGACGUUGUCCAAGGCUGAUCUCCGGCCGGGCGAACGGUUCAAGAUGGGUGUGAACGACGGCUACCUCGGGACGUCGUGGUGGUGCUUUGGAGACCUGGAGGGAGAUCUGGCGGGGAAGCGGUUCCACCAGUGGACGACGGACACUUUUGGGGAGGAGAAGCCAGACGACGAGUUCGUUCGCGAGGGCAACUGGGUGCUGGGCAGGGAUCCCAAGUUUCUCCACUGGACAGUUCACAAGGACGACGAGAGGUGUAGUAUCUUCCAGAUAGUAGAGUAA